AUGAUUCUACAUAUAUUCCUUAUUAGUACUUUCUUAGUAUCUAAUGCUGCAGAAUCAAACAACAUUGCUAUUUAUUGGGGUCAAAACAACAAUGAAGGUACCUUAUCACAAACAUGUGCAACAGAAAAUUACUCCUACGUGAUCAUUGCUUUUCUGAACAAAUUUGGGAAUGGAACAACUCCUGAAAUCAACUUAGCAGAUCACUGUGACCCUUCUUCCAAUGACUGUACCAUGUUAAGCACAGACAUCAAGAAUUGUCAAGCGAAAGGAAUCAAAGUCUUGCUUUCAAUUGGAGGAGCAGAUGGAGAGUAUGGUUUGGUUUCUAGUGAGGAUGCUAAAAAUGUUUCUGGUUACUUGUGGAACAAGUUUCUCGGUGGAAACUCGUCUUUGCGUCCGUUUGGUGACGCUGUAUUAGAUGGGAUUGAUUUUGAUAUAGAGAAAAGGUUGAAAGGAAAACAACAACAUUGGGAUGAAUUAGCGAUUUUCCUCAAGUCAUAUAAAAAUUCAACGCAAAAUGUUUACUUAAGUGCUGCACCUCAAUGUCCAUUUUCUGAUGGAGAACUAGGUGCGGCACUUGACACGGGCAUUUUUGAUUAUGUUUGGCUACAGUUUUACAAUAAUCCUGAAUGUGAAUAUAGCCAAAAUGAUGUUAAUCAGUUGUUGGAUUCGUGGAAGCGAUGGACGGAAUCGUUGACUGUUGGAAAACUGUUCUUGGGAUUGCCUGCUUCUCGUGCAGCUGCAGAUAAUGGCUAUAUACCUGCUGCUUUGCUGUGUGAGAGUGUUCUUCCCCUCGUAGCAAUGUCGCGUAACUAUGGUGGUGUAAUGUUGUGGGCUACAUACUAUGAUAAACAAUGUGGAUACAGUAGCUACAUUAGAAGUUCUCUAUGCACUCCUCAAUGUAGAGGAAAUGAUUGUCGUCGUAAAGAAAACAAGUGGUGGGUAUGGAUUAUCAUUGGGGUUGGAGUUGCACUUGCAAUUUCUCUUAUCUUCUGCUUAGGCUGCACGUUAAGGAAGAAAAAGAAAACACAAGUGGAUGGAAAAAUGAACCAAAAGAAGGUGUUACAUGAAAUUGAAAGCGAUGUUGUGCUUUCUGACAAGGCAAGAAGUGUUGAAAUAGAGGAUGGAAAGACUCUAAGUAACUUGGUUAAGGAAUAA